AUGUCCAGGUUGGACUGCUGUGUGCAGACAGAUGUCUAUCAGCCUGUCAGCAGUCCUGCUCUGUGUCCAAAAGCUGUGGUCAGCAUGGAGGACUCCUGCCCAGUCCCUGCGUCCCAGUGCAGUCGCUACGCCCAGAGACUGAGAGCCACGCGCACCGUGCACUUCCCUAAUGACGUAGUCUUCCAGGACCACAUCAGGGAGGGGGACCUGGAGCAGGUGGGCAGGUUCAUCCGUGCCAGGAAGGUGACGCUGGACACUAUCUACCCUUCUGGCAUGGCAGCCCUCCACGAAGCCGUGCUUACGGGAAACCUGGAAUGCGUCAAGCUCCUGGUUAAAUACGGUGCCGACAUCCACCAGAGAGACGAGAACGGGUGGACGCCCCUGCACAUGGCCUGCAGCGACGGCUACGCCAACAUCGCCAGGUACCUCAUCUCCCUCGGGGCCAGCCUGGAGGCCACCACCGACGAGGGGGAGCGGCCCUCAGACCUCAUCGACCCUGAGUACAAGGACCUGGUGGAGCUUUUCGAAGACACCACCCUGGGCUGAGGCGGGGCACGGCGAGGAGCGGGAGCGGGAGCGGGAGCGGGGCGGCGGGGCUGAGCCGCGCCGCAGAGACGAGGCCGGGGCCGGGCUGGGCCUGGCCCGGUGAGGUCUCGAUCGGGACCGCGGCUCGGGAACCACUUUGUACUUUUCCAAUAAAGGAUCUGGGACACCG